AUGUGGUGUGGUCGUGCGAUUGGAUAUAACUCAUCUUAUCUCCUUAAGCUGCUGUGUGCUUCAUUUGAUUGGUCAGCUCUUGAUCCAAUCCGUUUCUGCAUCUCUCCACUUGCUUCUCAUCCACUCCUGAAGCUUAUACUCUCUCCCAGUAGGUUGGUGUUGCAUCCUGAUUCGUCCAAGUCACUGGGUGUCUCUCCUGAUAGAUUAGGUAUUCUUGGAGCUUAUCCACGCCCUCUCUCCUCUUUAGCAGCUGGUGUCGUUGCCCAAUUGGCUUAG